GUAAACUUUCACCUCGAAUGCAUACAAAUCUGCUCUGCCUUAAAAAUCUAAAUCGAACAGCGACUCAAAGCAGCUGAUGAGUGCAGGAACUACCGCAUUAUCCAUAUCCAUAAAUACCAACAAAGAUUGAGUCUUUACAGAUAAGAACAUGCGGAGGUCAUUUGGUGGUGGCGGCGGCGGAGGAAUGGGCGGAGGUACCGGCGGAGGUGGUGGCAUUAUCAGAACAGUUAGGAGGGUUGUCGGCGGUGCGCCGCCGGAGCCCUUUUCGCCUUCAGCCAACACCACCACCACCAUUGCUAGCGCAAAUUCAAGAAAAGCGAAAAGCUUCGACAGAAAUCGACCCACAUCUCCAAACACUGCUUUAACGCUUUCUUCCUCUUCUUCUGCUAAUGGUAGUGGGAGUAGUAAUAACGGGACAACCGCUUUUUCAUCACUGAAAAAUCUACCUACUUCGGGUGCAGAUACACCCUCUUGGGGGGGUUCUCCUGCACCUCAUGAUUCGGAGUGGGAGUGUGUUGAUGCGAGUGAGGAUGGAAGGGCUUCUGUUUUUUAUGAAGAUCUUGUCUUUGGAACUGUCCCAUCUAGAGAUGAAGUGCAGCAUGCAGUUUCUGCUCUUCAACAGGUCGUUGGGCCUUCAUCUACGCAUUUCCCAGGUGGAAAACUUGCUGAGGAUUCAGAAAGGGGUGUAGUAGAUGAGAUUACCAGUCCAUUAGGUUCUGAGAAGAGAGUUCCUUUGUCAGAGUUUGAGAAAGACUGGGUUGAACCCCCACUGCAUCUCCGCAAUUCAAGAAUGUUUCAGACUUAUGGAUCAGAUAGAGUGUAUGAUGCCUUCCAUUUGUUGCAGACUGAACCUUCUAUUCAGAGAAUGGUUGUCUCAUUAUCGUCUGAUAAGGCGGUCUGGGAUGCUGUGUUGAACAAUGAGAUGGUAAAGGAACUCAGAGGUUCAAUCACUCAAGCUGACAAUUUACUAGGGGAAAGCCCAGGCAAAGGCCAUGAUGGGACCAACCCGGUGAAGGACAUCCUGAGUUGGCUUCUUAUCCGUGCUAAGGCAAAGAUAAUGCAACUGAUCGACAUAAUCACAAAGGUCGUGAACGAUGCUUUCCAUCCCCCAAAUGGAGAGAAGAAAGAUGAGAAUACAGAUGGUCUAGAGGGAAAGCUGAAAACAUCCUUAUUCCUCUCCAUCGUUGUCCUCUUAAUAGUGGUCAUAACACGAGCCCACAAUGCAUAAUUACAAUUAGCCGACCUGACAGUUGCUCACCUUUGCUUCUCAUAUGUCUCGUGUCUUUGAAGUGUGAUCGAACGGUCAGCAUGACCAUGAACACACUAGUUUUCAGAGUAAUAAGCUGUUACCCUCUUAGGUGUUAUUGUUGAUCCUUAGGUUAAAUUAUAUUUUUGAUCCAAUAAAGAAUGUACAUAUCAUUAUUAGUCCCACGCUUUAUGAAAUUUUUGUUUUAGUCC